AUGCCGAAACUGGUCACCCCGUCGCCGCCCACAUCGUCCACGCUGCGCCUCCCCAGCCGCAGCCGCGGCCGAUUCCAUCGCCAGCCCUUUACAUCGUCAAACCUGCGACCUCUGGCUCAGCCGCGUCACGACAGUAUUCCCGACCAUCUCCCGCAAACAUGGACGAGCCUAUCGCAAUCCCAUCCGCAGCCUCCCCAGCCUUCCCUGCUCUUCUCGCCAACCGGGCCCAACCCAUCCAUAACCGACGGUCUGGGGAACCCCCAAAACGACCAUACCCCGCCAGACGAGCGCAUUCUAAAGCUGGGAAAGACCUUGCGAACCCUCUCGCCGCUCCUCCCGACAAUCCUCAUAAACCCGCUGCCGCCGCAGAUUCUCUCCCCGAGCGUAACGCUGCAUUUGUUUCCGUCGACGCAUCCGCAUCUCCCCACGGUGAAGGGGCGGACGCUUUAUCGGGCGGCGCUGUGGGCUGUCCCGGUGGCGUGGAGCAGCGUGCCGCUCGUUGGGAAUGUCAAGUUGCAGGUGCUGAGUGAGCGGAUUGUUCGGGCGGGGUCGGUGCUGGAUCCGGAGAGUAAGAGUGGUACUGAGUGUGGUGACGAACGGCUAGUAGUACGGUGGAGGACGGAGUCGCAUUCCACCUCUACACCUACAUCUACAUCUACAGCGUCUACGUCUCCUCCCUCUGGCCCCAGCUCUACCUCUCAAUCCUCCACCGCAAACACAACCACAACCAAAGGCCUCGGGUUCCCUCUCGGCGGCGGCGGCACCGCCCCCAUCUUCAACCUCCCGCACAACGACCACUUCACGGGCCUCUUCAUCUUCUCCUUCGACGCCGAAGGCCGCGUCCUGACGCAGACCAUCGAGCAUGCCGAGGACGCGCGCGGCUGGGAACGCACCGCCAAGUUCGUGACCCUGACCGACUGGUUGAUCGGGAAGGCGAGGGGGUCGUUGGACCUGGACCUGGAGCCGAGGCCGGCGCUGUCUUCGUCGUCUUUGGCUUUGCACGGGGCAGAGGGAGAGGGAGGGACACCGAGAAGGGCUUCGUCUUCGUAG